AUGUUGCAAAUUGAAUAAGCACUUGAAAAAUGUGGAAAUAAUGGUUGGUAUUAAAUACGAUUAUUCUUAAUUUCAUCACUUCUAACUUUUAUCUUAUCUGCUUCAAUUAUGAGUACAACUUAUAACUAUAUUGUUCCAUAAUUAUAUUGUGAUGGUUAAGUAAAUUUUAUCCAAAUAAUAAGGUUUGUAAUGAGAAUCUAAAAACCUGUUCUGAUAACAAUUACUCAAUUGAUCCUAAUUUUAAAUACAAGAAUAUUGUAACAGAGUUCAAUUUAUUUUGUGAAAAUAGAAAAUACAUUAUGAUUGCAAGUACAAUCAAUUUUCUAGGCUCAGUGAUCGGUGGCUCAGUACUUAGCUAAAUAUCAGUAUUUUAAUUAUAUUAAUAAUUAGGAUUAAUGGGGAAGAUAUAAAACUCUGUUAUUAUCUUUAGUAUUUACAAAUUUUGGAUUUAUAGGAGCCUAUUUAAGUACAACUAUAAUAGAACUUAUUAUAUUUACUUUUAUAUUUGGUUUCUUUUAGAUUGGUGUCUAUAUAAUGAUACCAGUGUUAAUUAAUGAAAUCAGUGGAUAUGAGAUCAAAUAAAAAUAUUCGACUGGAACCUUAAUUUUUUGGUGUUUAGGAGAGAUUCUAAUGGCUAUUUUAUUUUAUUUUAUUGAAAAUUGGAGAACCAUUUAAUUAUUUAUAAUUGUAAUCCCAGGCAUCAUUUCUCUAAUAUUAACAUAUGUUUUAGUUUAAGAAAGUCCAAGAUUUUUGUAUUAGAAAAAAGAUUAUGAAUAAGUAAAAAUAAAACUAAAAUAUUAAUAGGUUCUUAAGAUAUUUCAUUAUAUAGCAAAAGUAAAUGGAAAUUAAUUUGAUGAUCAAACAUNUAAUAAUAUAUUAUAAAGAUUAACAUAUUUAUUCAAGUUGAUAUAUUAAUUUCUUACUUUAAAGAAGAGAAAUCAAAAUCUCUUUAAAAAAAAUAGAAUUAUCUUUCCAAACUAAUUUUUCAUUUUAUUUUUAUGUGUAUUUCAAAUAAAUAAGAAAAGAUUUCAAUUAUUUUAUAUUAGAUCAAUUUACAUGGUUUAUUAUUAUUAAUUUACAUUGCAUACUUGA